AAUCAAAGGUGUUAAUUUGAUCUCUGACGUUACGCAAUGGCUAGUAUUUUGCUCCUUAUUAAACUUAUUGGUAUCAUAGUGCUAAAGGAAAAUCUACAGUGGAUUGAAAGACGGAUUACCGUUAAAACGUACUUAUAACAGAAACGAAUGGGAACCGGUGAGUUCAGUUAGCAGACUUGGAGUCGUUGUGAUUACUAACCAUCACAUUCAAAGACAAGAACCUCAAGAUGAGUAUUCAAGUGAUGCUAUAUCAAGAUCUCUAAAAAAUCCGUCCUUAUUUGAAAGAGUCCUUGGUGAAAAUUCGGUCGGUGUUAUUGUUUCAUGGGUAGCUAACUGCAUUCAAAAGAAAGCUCUCGGAAUUUCGAUCAAGAAUACAGAUUUAAUACUGGUGUACUCUAAAACAAGGAAUAGUCUAUACGAUCUCAACAAAUGGCUUGACGUCUUGCCUAAUCAUAACUACUCAAAACCUCACUUUGCAAAUAAUCAUAAUCAGAUUAAAGAAUCAGAUUCAUACAGCUGUAUUCUUUCGUCAACUCGGAGUAACUUAAGUCGUAAACAUAACUUGGAAGAUCCUCGUAUUUAUUGCUCCUAUGGUCAGCUUUACAAUCGUCUGUUCUCGUAUAGUUUUCGAAGUUUAAGUACUAUCAACCAUGCUUCCAAUCUGAAAAACAAAUUACUCUUGAAAUUUCAAUAUAUUUCUUCUGAGAAAGAAGAUUGCUCAGACUUACUUGAAGUUGGUCUACAAACAGCAUUAAAAGCUAAUUUAGACUACAUAAUUUUUAUUAAUCCACGUUCAAUGAAUUUGAGUGAACAUUUACUUACUGAAACUAUUCAACUAUUGGCCAAUAAAAACGAAAAUUGUCAGGUUGACUUUGUGCUAGGUAUUACUAAACCUUGUUCAAGAAGUUUACGAACUGACACUGAUGUUAAUACAUAUCGAAGAAAAUCAUCAAAUGGUUUAUAUCUAUUCGGUUUAAAGGGUGAACAACAUUAUAUAAUGUCCAAUAUCAAAUCAAUUUGUGCUAAUUUGGAAUGGUCAUCUAUAAAUGCAGCAGAUAUUCUAUAUAGAAAUAUUUAUCACUCUUUACCAAAUAAAAAUUUGGUAUGUUUACGUAAAAGAUUAGAGGAGGUGUCUGAACCACUGGAUCUUAUCAACGUACAACAGUCUACUGGAUUAUUGUGUGAGGAUGUACUUAACGAUUCAGUAACUGUGAUUAUUCCCAUGGGUUAUGGCCAUCCAGAUGAUUGUAUUGAUUCUGAAGACAUUGAAUUAGUCGAUGUGAAAUUUUCAAGAUCAUUAGCUUAUACAAUUGAACUAGCAGUACAUAAUGCUUCGGGUAAAAGACAAAUAGAGUUUUAUUCAAUAUUAUAUUCUUGGUACAAUGUAGAAUUCUCAGCACAAAAUUAUAAUUAUAGACAGUUCACCAUCGAAAUAUCCUCAAACUAGUAAAUUGUUAAAUUCUUCUACUGCUCAUCCAAUCACAACAGAAUAUUUGCAUGAUAUUGUACAUCCUCGUUGUAUGGUCAAUGUUGAAUUAUAUCAUUAUGAUCCAUCGGUUACGAGCAUAUUGACACCGAGUCGGGGUGAACUUAUUCGCUAUGCUAUAGAUCAAUAUGCUAAUGGCUCAAUGUUAGUUAUUUUGGAACCAGGUGUUCAGUUACCAGUUAAUUGGGAUUCCGCAGUGUAUUAUACAUUACAGAGACCAGGUGUUGGAAUGGGUUGUUUCGCCUAUCGACUACACUUAGAUGAUAAAUAUAUUCAUCAGAAGAGUGUUUUAUGGGCAUUAAGUUGUUGGCUUGGAAGUUGGAUUGUAAAUGUACAAACAAAUUGGUCUGGAGUACCAAUAGCUGGACAACCUCAUUUUAUCUAUUCACAUUAUUUAAAAUGUAUCAAUGGUUAUCCACGUUCAUGUCGAGCAUUUCAUGCUAUUGAUCUGGCGUUAAAAUCACAUCAAUAUUUGGGUGAUGUAAUUCGUACACGUAGUAGAACAGCUGCGGCUGGUGUUCCAACUGAUUAUGCAUUAAGACAUGGUGUUUAUUAUACUGUAUUAUAUACAGUAUUGCUAGGGAUUGCACGUUAUUUAGGCGCCACAGAAGUUCAAUUGAAAUGGGCAUUAGAAAAAUUUCCUUCAUUAUCCAAUGUAGAAAUUAUGCGAAAAUAAAUGUUCAUAUUAGAUAUGAUGUAAUGACUUUCUGUCUAACAUAUUUCACGCCUAAUGUAUAGUUUUCGUAUUGAAAUACUUGUAAUAUCGUUUUUUUGUAUCGGUUAGUCAGGGUGGAACGAGCUAUUAAAAUAUCUUUAAGCUCUCAAUAAUUUGAGUUUCUUUCAGAAUUUGUUUCUUUUCUCAUGUAUUCUUUUUCUGCUCUUGAAAAGAUUUAAUUGUUUUUUUCUGAAAAGGAAGUUUUUUACUGUGUAUAGCGAAAAAUAUAGUUUUUGAUACUUGAA